UUCCAUCCCCGACUACAUCCGGUCUCUGCAGCUAGUAGGCCACCAUAUUGGGGUUGCUCGCCGCCCGUCAGGCCUCGGCGCCACUUCUCCUUGCGGCCGCCCGACCAGGCGACUGCCCGGGGUUCGCAUCCCGCUCCGACUGGCUCCUUUUCGAUCCCUGAUUAGGCGGAGGAGGUCGCGAACGAGGGGGCUGAAUUCAUCUUGAGGCCUUAGCAGCGGGUGAGAUCAUGGAGGAAAACGGUGAAGAUGUGGCUUCCCUGUCCUACAUUUCAACAGAUGGCAGCUACACAGCGACCUACAUUUCAACAGAUGGCAGUUACACAGAGACCGUGCCCAUGCCCAUGCCAAAUCAUGACACACUGACAGCUUCCUCGCAAGGCUCUUCCUCACAGAGCUCUUUCUCUGCCACUAAAUCAAGCCGCCAGCCACUUUGGACUGACGAGGAGACCCGGGCCUUCAUCCAGGUGUGGGGUGAUGACGCGGUGCAGAGUGCCCUGGCAUCGAACUAUCGCACAGUUGCACAAUUCCAAUGGAUAUCGGAUGAAAUGCGAGCCCGGGGUUACAAUAGGGAUUGGGAGCAAUGCCGCGAACGUGCAAAAGCCCUUCGACGGGGCUUCAAAGUGAUAGUGGAUGGAAACAGCAACGCUCGCCAUGGACGCCGUGUAUGGCCUUAUUUCGAAGAACUUAAUCGAUUUCUUUGCAUCAAGCGAAAUCUGGUCGUUCCACGGCUUUUAGGGCGCAACCAGAAGCCUGCUGUGAACUUACGGCAUCGCGAGCACAGAGAAGCGCAAGAUGCCCCCUAUGAGCAAUCCCCAGUAGGCAAGAGCGACAAAGGGACUUUUGAAGAGCGCGAUGGGGACUGCCUGUUAUUGCCCAAACAAGGAUCUCAGCAGAGCCAAGCCAACAUGAAAAACCAUGGAUACAAAGGCAGUUCUUCCUGUUCCCGACCAAGGAGAUUCAUGACUUCAAAGCAAUUCCUGAUGUUCCCCUUGAAAAUGAUGGAUCAGUGAUCUGGAUCAUACCUGAAAACUAGUUGGUUUGUUCCAAUUUAGCUUGAAUUGGAACUUGCACAGGAGCAGUUUUUUAACAUAUACAUACACAUACACACACACACAUGUUCCAUGGUCAGUUUCUGGCCACAAUUCUUGCUGUAAUAAUUGAGCUGUUUCACCUCUUCGUAACAAAAAUACAGCCAAUCCUUUUCCAGUACAGGAAUCAUUGAAAUUGUCUCCAGUGGAUGACUGGCUAGCCUCUAGUGAAUGUUGUCUAUUAUCUUUUGGCAUUAUUCCCAUUGUUAAACUUCACUGGAAUACAUCUGCAGGGUACAUGUAGCUGAAUAAAAAAUAACAAGACUCCAUAUUGUCAUA